UGUGCCUGUCAUCCUAGCACUAGGGUUGUGGAAACAAGUGGAUCCCUGAAGCUCACUGGCAGUCAGUCUAGUUGGAUUGUUGUACUUUAGGUUCAAAGAGACUCUGUAUCAGAACAUAGGAGGGAGAGUACUUGAGGAAGACACGCAGUAUCCAGCUUUGACCUCCACAGAGACACGGUCUUGCACCUGUGCAGACACCUAUAUACACUUGCUGGAACAUGUAGGUGAGCCUGUGAAACAGUAUGAAGAGGAGAAAGUAGCCUUUUAAAGAGACUGGCCCACAGAAAGGAUGGCCUUCUUGGACAAUCCAACUAUCAUUCUAGCUCAUAUUCGACAGUCACACGUGACCAGUGAUGACACGGGAAUGUGUGAGAUGGUUCUCAUUGAUCAUGACGUUGACCUAGAGAAGACUCAUCCUCCGUCAGUGCCUGGAGACAGUGGGUCAGAAGUUCAGGGAAGCAGUGGUGAGACGCAGGGCUACAUAUACGCCCAGUCUGUUGAUAUUACCUCGAGCUGGGACUUUGGUAUUAGAAGACGCUCAAACACAGCUCAAAGAUUAGAACGACUCCGCAAAGAGAGACAAAACCAGAUCAAAUGCAAAAAUAUUCAGUGGAAAGAAAGAAAUUCUAAACAAUCAGCCCAGGAGUUAAAGUCACUGUUUGAAAAAAAAUCCCUCAAAGAGAAGUCUCCAAGUUCGGGCAAGCAGUCCAUCUUGUCUGUACGCCUGGAGCAGUGCCCUCUGCAGCUGAACAACCCCUUUAAUGAGUACUCCAAGUUUGAUGGCAAGGGUCAUGUGGGUACAACUGCAACUAAGAAGAUCGACGUCUACCUCCCACUGCACUCCAGCCAGGACAGACUGCUGCCAAUGACCGUGGUGACCAUGGCCAGCGCCAGAGUGCAGGACCUCAUUGGGCUCAUCUGUUGGCAGUACACGAGUGAAGGACGGGAACCAAAGCUCAAUGACAAUGUCAGUGCCUACUGCCUGCAUAUUGCUGAGGAUGAUGGGGAGGUUGACACGGAUUUCCCACCCCUGGAUUCCAAUGAGCCCAUUCAUAAGUUUGGCUUCAGUACUUUGGCCCUGGUUGAAAAGUACUCCUCUCCUGGUCUGACCUCCAAAGAGUCGCUCUUUGUUCGCAUAAAUGCUGCUCAUGGAUUCUCCCUUAUCCAAGUGGACAACACGAAGGUCACCAUGAAGGAGAUCUUGCUCAAGGCAGUGAAAAGAAGAAAAGGAUCCCAGAAAAUUUCAGGCCCUCAGUACCGCCUGGAGAAGCAGAGCGAGCCUAACAUCGCUGUGGACCUGGAGAGCACGCUGGAGAGCCAGAACGCCUGGGAGUUCUGCCUGGUUCGCGAGAACAGUUCAAGGGCAGACGGAGUUUUCGAGGAGGAUUCACAAAUUGACAUCGCUACAGUGCAGGAUAUGCUUAGCAGCCACCAUUACAAGUCAUUCAAAGUCAGCAUGCUCCACAGACUGCGGUUCACAACUGAUGUGCAGUUAGGUAUCUCUGGAGACAAAGUAGAGAUAGACCCUGUUACAAAUCAGAAAGCCAGCACUAAGUUUUGGAUUAAGCAGAAGCCCAUCUCAAUCGAUUGUGACCUGCUCUGUGCCUGUGACCUUGCCGAGGAGAAGAGCCCCAGUCACGCAGUAUUUAAGCUUACGUACCUAAGCAGUCAUGACUAUAAACACCUCUACUUCGAGUCGGACGCAGCCACAGUCAGUGAAAUCGUGCUCAAGGUUAACUACAUCCUGGAAUCACGAGCAAGCACUGCCCGCGCUGACUAUUUUGCUCAAAAACAAAGAAAACUGAACAGACGUACAAGCUUCAGCUUCCAGAAGGAGAAGAAAUCAGGGCAGCAGUGACAGGGGCCUCCAGUCUGGUGCCACAGCCCAGAUUUCCUGCAAGGCCAGGUGGACCAGAGUCCACCAGCAUCCUGUAGUGCCCAGACCCGCAGGCACAGACUGCUGAGCUCUAGGGGAAGGUUUAGAGGUAGAGGUGCCAUUGGACUGAAACUUGGCAAUGGUUGUAAGUAGCAAUGCCCAGGAGCCAGACCACCUCCUGGGGGGGCCAAGUGCUACUCAGCCGUGUGCACUGCCUGGCAGUCCCACCAAGGAUGUACAUAGCCAUGCCAGACAUCUCCUUGCAACUUGAUCAAAUUUCUUAAAGCAAACAAAGAACAAAAGUGUACAUCUCUCUCUCUUUUUUUCCUUUUAAUAAACAGGUGUACUCUUUAUCAUG